CUUUUGAAUGAUUUCAUUUUUAUUUCUGCUCUUCCAUCUCUGCUGGCUUUAAUGCAGAUUUAGAGGACAAGAUCCAAGAUCAAGAAAGCGGAAGCGCUCUUGGUUUGGCACUUCGCUUGUCUGCAUUGACUUCACCACUUCACCACCCACAAAGGGUAUCCGAACGAUAAUAGAAGAGAGAGUGAGAUAUCACCAUGGCAGUAAUAAAGCAACAGAGGCGUCACAUAGGUGGGCAUCAUUCGAAGAGGAGAAACCAAAAUUCCAUGAGAUGGCUCUCCACGGCCAUUUAUGGUAUAUUGUUGGUGAUGGUGGCUCACGUGAUGAUGUCAAAGGGAGAUCCAACCCCGGCGGCUCGGCCCAGUGUCAAUGGCAAGACCAAAUCAUCGAAAAAGCAAAAGAACACCUCCGCUUCAGAUACCCAGCAAAAGAAACUACCUUCCUACCAACAACUCCAAAACAAGGACCAUGUGGCAGACAUGAUGGCCGAAACUAAAAUCUACGAUCGCAUGCCCGAAUCCAAUAAUUACCAACAACCACAACCAAAGCUCGAUACUAAGAGUGUCCCAUCCACGCCCAAACUAGUCGACAAUAAUAUUCCCGACGAGGAAAACGACACGGAUGGAGAUAACGACAAUGAUGACUCCACUGAAAAAGUAGAAAAGGAUGGUUCCACUGAGGAAACAAAAGAGACCAAAGAUGAUGGGGAAACAAGCAACGAGGAGGAAGACAACAACAAUACACAGACAGACGAUAGUACUACCCCAACAGAAGAAGAGGCAACCAACAACACCAAUGAUGACGACGACAGUCAAGUGAUUCAAAAUAUCCAAGGUCUCAAGGCAAGUGUGGAUCAAGUACGGAUGAACCUCAAACAAAAAUCCAGUAUUCAAAUUGCGAGGCUCAUGGGACAAUUGCGAGAAGAUAUGGAGAAUUACAAGACGGACAUUGCCACCAUUACUACCAAUUUGGCGAAUCAAUUCUUUCCCGACGACGAUGUGGCACUCAAAGUCAAUGAAUUGAUCUUUGAUGCCUUGGUCGAAUCCACCACGACCAAAUUCACGGACGAAGUCGAACUCUUUAUUGUUCAUUGUUCCGAAGAUUUAGACGGUAUUGUGGUCAAGGACGAAGAAGCCGGGUUGGAUGUUAUGGAAAUUGAUCAACAUUUGACCGACUACGAGGCCACCAAGACGCCGGAAAUGCAAGAAGAAAUCGACAACAUGUUCAAUCAAAUGAAAGGGGCAUUUCCCUUUUCGGUACCCUACACGGCAAAAGAUACCAUGGAAAAACUAUUUCACAACAUGGGAUUCCACGUCACGCUCAAAUUCGAUACCUAUCAACGAUUGGAACUGGAAGAGGGGACGGAAAAUCCCAGCUCCGUGUCGGUCAAAUUGGUGGAAUCCGCACUCGAGAAAACGUCGGAUGAACUGCAGCAGCAAAAGCAAAUGGAAAUGGACGACAACGAGAGUGAAGAUGACGAAGAUGCCGACAAGGAGGAGGACAAGGUGGCACCGGCAAGUGCUGACAUGGGGGAGACGGAUGAAGAUGAGGAGAAUGUAGAUGUGGAAGAGAAAACAGCGGAUCAACUGGAGAAGGAAGCUUUGAAAGCAGAACGGGAAGCGAAAAAGGCCUUAGUGGAAGCCGAGGCGGCAGAGGCAAGAGUGGAGCGAGUAGGGGCGCUCAUGAACAAGAAACCAAAGACGACAACAAAUGAUGGAAGCGAGGACGGAACAACAGCCGAAAACGAAGAGGAAGACACAGAAAACGAAGAGGAGGACACCACUAGCACGACAACAACAACAACCAAGGAGGAAGACGAAGACAAGGAGGAGGACGAUGACGAUUCUGAAAAGGCUACAAAGGAAGGCGCGGGAGAGGAAGGUGCUGCUGAUUCGGACGAGGAAAACGAAGAUACUGAUGGCUCUGAAAAAGCAUCCGAGGGCGCCGGGGAGGAGGAAGCGGCCGAUGCGGAAGGGGAAGGGAAUGAUGGCACGGAAAAGACACUGGAGGAGCUCGAGAAAGAAGCCGCAGACGCCGAAAAGGUUGCCGAGAAAGCCGAGAGGCUAGCAGCAGCUGCUGAAAAGCUCGCGAACGAGGCUGCGGCAGGGGUGGCGCAACACGAGAAAACAACAGCCAAAGUGGGCAAUGAAGUGGCUGAUGAUGAGGGCGAUGAUGAUGUGGCCCCCGACAAGGUGACGCCUGCUGCGGACGAAGAGAACACAGCGAACGAACAGCUCGAGUCUCCGGGUGAAGACAAGGAUGAAACGGACGAAGCAGCAGCCGAAACCGAAGUAGCCAAUGACACGGACGAAGCAGCAACUGCUGCCGAAGGAGCUUACACUGAGGACUUUCCUCCCGAGGAAAGUGCGGCUGGCAAGUCUGACAACGACGGAUCUGAAACAGAAACAUCUGGCAAGGAAGGGGCUGAGGACGAGGGCGAUGAUGAUGGAACACCCAACGUUGAAAGCGGCAGUGCUGUAGUCAAAAACGGUGCUCCCGAUGAAGACGGAGAAUCGGACACUGACGAAGCGGAAUCAACAACCAACGAAGGCGGAGACAGUGCUGUCAACGAUAACGAUGAACAGGGUGAUGCUGCUACUGAAGAGGGAGAAAACGAUGCCGCCGAAGCAAGUGAGAACGAAACAGUAUCGGAAACAGACUACAUCGAAGAAGAAGGAGCGAAAGCAGAUGGGCAGGGAACACAAACGAAGGAAGGAGAAGGAGCUCCAGAAGAGAUCAAAGGGGCCUCAGAAAAGGUCACAAAGGACACGAAAGGCGAAGAAGGAGACGAGACGAUGAUGAUGACAGCACGAGCGGAGAUGCAGAAAAGACUUCUGAGAAAGCCGCCGAAGAAUAGUUGGGAUCAGGGAGAAUACUAGUGCAACAUUCCUGGAGGAAAAUGGUAUCAACCACGGACUUCUAUUUCAGUUCGACCGACGGUGUUGGACGGCAGCACCACGGUUUCUAGUAGAAAGUGCUUUACCUGAUCCCGAGCCCAGCUUCGCGCUGUUUGCCUUCAUUCUACAGGAUGGCACACCUUCGCAGACAGUACUUUCGCAGAAACACAUUGUCUGCUGAUUUUUCAUAAGAUCGCUAAAUACAUUUGAUACUCUUGGAUACUGACACAAAUUCGAAUAAGGAGGCCCCAUGUACUCUUGGCAAAGAAGUACAAUCGUACCCAGCCAGGGCGCUUCGUCGAUACUAUGCGACCACAGCUAUAGUAAGUGUUGCCAGGGCUUGUCUUGAUCCUCUAGCCUCAUCGCUUUCAAAAUGGCGUUUGAAAAAUUGUUGUUUUUCCAAUUGUUCGGCUUUUUCAAUUUGGACACCAUUCUUUUGAUUGCUGGAUGGUGCUUCUUGAAAUGGAGUGCCUCCAUCUUUGUGAACACAAACUCAGUGAGAAGACCAUUUUCAAGCAGUGAAGUUCUCUGCUGGCCUGAGAGAGUUGCAGGCACCAGUUCUCCAAGGGUAUCCCACAUUGCAUCCAGGCAAUUCUGAUGUCCUUGGGCAACUGAAAUGAACCGCUCAACCCAUGCCUUUUCUACCAUUAUUGCUCCAUUAUUGGCCAUAAUCAUUUUGACUUUGGCAAAGCUCUUGGCCAUGGAUUUUGGAAGACAAAAGUUUAGACUUGCUUCCAGGAUGUCCAAAACAAAGUUGUGGCUGACAGAGCUAGGCUCUAGCAGUGACAAGAGGAUGCUGUCACUUUCCUGCAACCCUUGAGGUGAGCAUAGCUCAGCAAACCAAGAAAGAGCCUUGAAAACGCUUUCGUCGGUCACUUUCACUUUGGUCAUUGGCUUCAUCAUGGCAACAAUCAUUUCCCACUCUUUGGGGUCCCUGUCUGGAAACUCAAAUCGCUUUGAUUCACUCUCCCUCAUGCCGCUGGUCAGCGCUUUCUCAAAGUAAUCGCUCCAGCUGCAAAGUGCUUGGCUGUACUCUUGGUACUCUUCAUGGCCAACCAAAAUGGUCACAUCAGGCUCCAAUUUGGUCAGAAUGCAUGUCUUUACCUUCUUGUGUGGUGGUUCUUCCCUGGCAGAUUCGGAGUCAGAGUCGGAUUCAGAUUCACUCGCCAUUGCCAAGAGUUGCUCAAAGCAAGAU